UCUGUUUUCUUUCUUUCUUUAUUUUUUUGAUGCUGUAUAAAUAAUUUAAUCAGAAAAAAUUCUAACACGUUUGAUUCAAUUUUUCAUCAUCAUCCUCUAUGUCGGCAUUAUUACGCCACUGAAAUUCAACCCCAUUUCUGAUCGUUAAAUCAAUCCUUCAAUCUUUUUUCAGCCAAAUCGAAUAGAGAUAACCGAUUAUUUAUUAACUAUCAAGAGAUCAUUUGAUUCACUGUCCAGGCACUCUUUCACCAAGACUUGUAGAUUAAGCAUAUAAACUUACACAGAUUGGAGCGUUGCAUGAGGAAUUUCCUUUCUUUUACUUUGUGUUGCAUACUGUAAGCGUGGUAUUAUCAUUCACUGUCAAAUAUUCAGGAGCUUCAAGUUCAGAAAAUUUCUUCUCAAAUCCUUUAUUUGGUAAGUGUCACUUGUGGUUAAUUGUAAUGUGAAACUGGGGUCAAUGUGAUCUACUUAAUUGUAAUUGCGUAUUCCCUUGCUUGAAGCCAUUGCUUGUAAAUUAUAUGAUCUUUCAUUUAGUUGCUAGUCUUUGUCUUCAAACUUGCUGUGUACUUUGAGACAAUAGUUGACAUUUGACUACUUUAACUUCAUUAUUUUUGAAGUUGAAUCUCUUCACUUUUUUUGUUUUGGUAAAAGAUUUGAUCUUUCCGGUGGUCAUCUGCCUCUUUCAUUUUGGUUUGUUGCAGUAUGCAAACUUCUAUGCUUGUCAUCUAUGUUACUCAGGUCUCAGGUUCAGGUACUUUUGUAGAACAUGGUCACAUGUCAAAGAGUUGGAUUCAGUUUUUUUUUUUUUUUUUUUUUUUUUUUUUUUUGUAAAUAUUUUUUUUAUUAGUAGAAAAUUCUAUGUUUUUGGUAUAAAUGUAAUAUCUAUGCAUUUAUUAGAAUGUUGAGGAUUUGGCAUAGUUACUUGAUCUAUGAAACAUACUUCGUAGUUUGUUAGCUGUACCAGUUAGGCAGUCAACUUUCUAGAUUGUGCUGUCUAUUUUAUUAGUGAGGGCAUGGUCUACCUUCAAUAUAUGUAUAUAAUAUGAAGAGCCUUUUUUCAAAGAGGUUAGUGUAAUUAUUAUUAAGGGAAAAAAAUGCAUAAGUGAACAGGUACUUGGAGAAUUAUUUUUGCAUAUUGGAUUUCUAAUAAAUAGUACUAAGUGGAUUGCUGUAAUUUUAGUAAUAAAAAAAAAAAAACAAUUUAUAAAGGCCGAUAUGGGUAUGACGGUGAAAUGUUUUUGUGGCUUCAGUAUUGGUGAUUGCAUAGGCUGCCCAUUUUGAGAAUAUAAUUAGCAGAUCUGUGGAUAGAUUUGUGAGUGCAUUGGGGACAGAUGAUCAUUAGUUUAGACUCUUUCUACUUCUUUGUGCUGAUGUAUUGACGCAUUGUGGAUUGCUGGGCUGAACCCAUGUCAGCCAUGUGUACAUCAUGCUCACCCUCUUUUGUACUCCAAGUGGACACAAUGCUCGUGCCUGUUUCAAUGUAUCAUCCUUUUUCUAGACUUGUUGAUUUGCCUGUUUUCUGUUUACAUUUUCACUUGAGUUGUUUGUGGAUGCUAAUAACAGCAUCAAGGACUCAAGUUGAUGGAUGUGGGAAAGCUUAGGGAUGUAAUUUAUAGCUCAUGCUGUUACGUUUGACUUUUGAGGAUGUUAAAUUUUUAGUUUAGCCUUUGAUAUGGAGCUUGGAAGCAUAAAGGAAAGCUGGAACUCUUGUAUAUAUCUUAUAUCUCUUAGGUUGUCUGACCUGUACUUUUUAGAAUGAUAAUAGGGUAUAUGCUAGCAGGAAUUUGUCCUGUAGACCUAUAUGCAUUUACUUUGCCUGUACAGUUGCAACUUAUUUUUUCUGGGUUGAUCUAGAGUAUUCUGAUUCCUGGGGUAACUUGUUAUAUAGACCAAGGUAAUGGCGAAUAUAAUUUAUUUUUCUUUCUAGUAUAUGUGUUUUCUGUCAUAUAGUAAUAUAAUGCUUGUGUAUUCCUGAGGAUAUAAUUGCCUGUUGGAAGAGCUUAGUCCAACAAGUACAAAGUAUGGGAUUAUGUGAAGUUUGUGAGAUUGGAUUGCCUCAAUGAAUUAAACCUAUUUUUUGAUAGGUGUUGUUUACGCUAUCAAACUAUUAUAUUACUUUAGUUUACCUAGGAGUAUAUUUAUAUUCUUUUGAGGAUUGGGUGAUGAUGAUGGCUAUAGAGAAUACGCCUAAAGGCUGAUAUUACACGUUCUAUAUGUAUGCUCCCAAGACUUCGAAAUUACUACCCAAUUUGCUAGUCUACUAGGCUUUCUUCCACUUGAUCUCUAUUGAACCGAAACUAUUUUUACCAAUUAAAACUGAUUUUACUGAUUAAAAACUAUGUAUAAUAAAAUGGUUUUUUUUUUUUUUUUUUUUUUUUUUUUUUUUUUUGGGACUUUGUUAUAGAUAUUGGUAUAACUUUAUAAUCGUAUAUGCUGCCUUUGGUGACUAGAUGAGUGUUUUGGUUUUUACAUACUUGUCAUGUACAUUGGUACACUGUUGCUCUUACUGGUUCUGAUAUCCGAAAAUUUGAAGUGCCAGGAUCCUUUCCACAAUCCAAUAAAUUGUUUAUAUAAUUAUAUCUUCUCUAAGAAAUUCUUUGAUUGUCUUAACUUCGAAAAGAUCUCUAAUAUGUUCUUCUGAGAUACUUCAGUGCAUACAAGAUGGCCGGUAAGAAAAGAAGCAUGUCCUUGGAUGCAGAUGUGUGUGAUGUGCAAAAGGAAUGGGAUGCAGCAUUGUGCCCCAUCUGCAUGGAACAUCCUCAUAAUGCAGUUCUUCUUUUGUGCACCUCACAUGCAAAAGGCUGUAGAUCUUAUGUCUGUGAUACAAGUUACAGGCAUUCAAAUUGCCUGGAUCGGUAUAGGAAACUCAAGACAGACUCCAACACCAAUUCACCAGAUGCCUCACUUGAUCCUACAAACCUCCAGGAUUCAAGCCUGGUUUCUGACCCUCAAUUAACCCCAUUGUUUGGGAAUGAGUUACCUGUGCCUCAUAGGGCCCACAACAGAGGCAAUAGAAUCAUUUCAACUAGAAGGUCCAGUGAUUCUGCUGAUUAUGAUAUUGAACGACAGGCUAUAGGAAGACAAAAUUUCGAAUCUUUGAGGGAUAGGUUGGAACAUGAUGAACUGGCAAAAAAAUCAAAUUUAAAAUGUCCUCUAUGUAGGGGAGAUGUAUUAGGGGUGACAGUUGUAGAAGAGGCUCGUAAUCAUUUAAAUUUGAAGUCUCGGAGCUGUACUCGAGAAUCAUGCACAUUUGUAGGUAACUAUCGUGAGUUGCGCAGGCACGCAAGGCGUGAUCAUCCCAAAGUUCGACCUGCUGAAAUUGAUCCAUCAAGACAGCGAGCUUGGAGACACUUGGAGCAUCAGAGAGAACAUGAUGACAUUGUUAGUGCUAUCCGAUCAGCUAUGCCAGGUGCUGUUGUGCUCGGUGAUUAUGUGAUAGAUUACAAUGAUAGAGAUAGGCCACCAGUUGAAAGGGAGAGGACAUCAUCAGAUGCUAGUGGGCGUUUGUUUACUACCUUGUUUUUCUUCCAGAUGCUUGGAUCUAUGCAAUCCUUGGCAGGACCAAGGAGUCGUUCUCGGCCAUGGACAAGGCAUAGACGCUCAUCAGGGGGUUCAUCCCGGCAGAGGUACCUUUGGGGAGAGAAUCUUCUUGGCCUACAAGAUGAAGAUGGUGAUGGUGAUGAUAGCUUUACAGACGAUGAUGAGAUGAAUGUGUUUGCGGAUGAGGCAGAGCCAGGCACCUCAUCCGCUCCAAGACAGCGACGUCGUUUAACCCAAUCUGGGUUUAGGAGAGACCGCUUAUGAAAUAUUAAUCUUGAAUGGGUAAUGAGAUAUGGGGGAACUUCUCUUAUAAUUUACUGUGCUUAAUACCUUCUUUGCUUUAUCUUGAUAAUGUGUAUACGAUCAAUCUUUGUCAUAUGCAGAACCUUCAUCUACCAGCGUAAUGAUAACUGAUCAUUAGUCAGAAGGGCAGUAGUCUCAAGCGAUUUGCUCUGAAGGUGGCAUCAUGGUCGCAGUUGGAGAUUGCCAGGUUCAAAUUAGCUCUGCUAUGUUUAGCUCUUCAUUUCUUUAUGUUUUAGUGGCCUGUUAAAUUUAGUGAGCUUAAUUUGAGCUUGCUGUUGUAAAUUUAGGUUUCUCAGGUCAGGAACAUUUCAAAUUCAAUUUGAAUCACCCAUGUAUAGUUUGCAUAUUUACAUUUAAGAAAAUUGCCAUCUUCUUUUUCAAGAAAAAUCUCUUUAUCUUUCAACAAUCAAUGCAUUCUUUCGUGGUCUGACUUGCUACGUAAA